AUGGCGUCCAGGAGAUUGUCCAAGUAUGCUUUUUCGAAGCCCUCUCUCCUCCUCCAUUCUCGUGCUAUCUCUGGCUCCUCUGCUCACUUCAGCUCGCGUUCCUCUCCCAAGUCGUUUCCUUUCCGGCCAAGUUCCUUCAUCGGAGUUUCGGGAAACGGCAUAGCUUCGGUCACUCGAGCUGCUACUUACGGCCAGCUGUUACCUUCUUCUUUCCAUUUCCCUUCUUCUCGCUGCUUCUCAGAUACCGCAUUUCAGGAUGCAGAUAUGAAGAUUACAAGGAUGGUUCGGGAAGGACUUUUCAAAGCCGUAAAAGCAGCUCGUAAUUCGGAGCAACAAACUGUCGAAUCAGAACACUUGAUGAAAGCUCUGUUGGAGCAAAAAGAAGGCCUUGCCAGUCAAAUAUUUGCAAAAGCUGGAAUCAGCAACAGCUCUCUUCUGCAAGCUACGAACGACUUCAUAUCUUCACAAGCAAAGGAUAUAGGUGAUGACAGCGGUCAGAUAUCUACGUUUACAAAAUGGUUUUGUGCACAACCACAACCUAAGGUUAGUAUAGGGUCAUCUAUCGAAACUGUAUUUAUGCACGCAGCUUGGUAUAUGGAAGAGCUUGAAGAUGAUCAUGUGUCGGUGGAACACCUUCUGUUGGCCUUUUAUUCGGAUGAAAGGUUUGGACAAGAUUUGUUCAAGACGCUGAAACUUGAUGAGAAAGCCCUCAAGGAUGCUAUUAUAGCUGUUUGUGGUAGUCAACAAGCGACUGGUCAAACAUGUGAAGCUACAAAUGUAGAGCCUACAGUAACAUAUACAGCACUUGGAAAGUAUGGAAAUGAUUUAACCGAGAUGGCUAGACAAGGACAGCUCGAUCCUGUCAUUGGACGGGAUGAUGAAAUUCGGCGUUGCAUCCAGAUACUAUGCAGGAAGACAAAAAGCAAUCCUGUUAUCGUUGGUGAGCCUGGUCGGAUUGUACGAGGGGAUGUCCCUGAACCUCUCCUGAAUCAAAAGUUGAUAUCUCUCGACAUGGGUUCACUGCUUGCUGGUGCCACACAUGCAGGACAAUUUGAGCGAAGGUUGGAAGCAGUACUGAAGGAUGUAACUGAUUCAAAUGGGAAUACAAUCUUGUUCAUCGAUGAAAUCCACAUUCUUGUUAGUGCAGGAGGUGUUCCAGGAAGAAUGGAUGCAAGCGACAUGUUGAAACCAAUGCUUGGACGAGGUGAACUGCGAUGCAUUGGUGCAACUACACUGACGGAAUACCGCCAAUACAUAGAGAAGGAUCCAGCUCUGGCACGUAGGUUUCAGCAAGUGUUAUGUGGCCCGCCAUCUGUUGAAGAUACCAUCUCUAUUCUCCGUGGGUUAAGAGAGCGGUACGAGGUACACCAUGGUGUUAGAAUAUCAGAUAGUUCCCUUGUUGCAGCAGCGGUUCUUGCAGACCGUUACAUCACUGAACGCUUCCUGCCAGACAAAGCUAUUGAUCUUGUUGAUGAAGCUGCUGCAAAGCUGAAGAUGGAGAUCACUUCUAAACCUACAGAACUCGAUGAAAUAAACAGAGCUUUGAUCACACUGGAAAUGGAAAGGCUAUCUUUGAAAAGGGAUAAUGAUAAAACUUCUAAAGAACGGCUACGAAAGGUUGAAAAUGAUUUGACCACACUCAAACAUAAAGAGAAAGAAGUCACUGAGAAAUGGGAGCAAGAGAAGUCUCUCAUGAACAAAAUAAAGAUAGAUAGAGUGAACCUUGAAAUCAAUUCUGGUAAACCUGAGAUUAUGUCCCUCCAACGUCAGUUAGAGAAAGCUGAGAAGAGUCUCAUGAAUUUCCGAGAGUCUGAACAGUCACUAGUCCGAGAAGAGGUAACUGAGUUUCACAUAGCAGAGAUAGUAAGCAAGUGGACCGGUAUUCCUCUAUCGAAUCUUCAGCAGUCAGAGAGAGAAAAGCUGGUCAUGUUGGAACAAGUGCUCCACAAGAGAGUUGUUGGUCAAGACAUGGCUGUAGAAGCAAUAGCAGAUGCUAUCCGUUGUUCAAAGGCUGGUCUUACAGAUCCUAACCGUCCUCUAGCUAGUUUUAUGUUCAUGGGUCCAAUAGGUGUUGGUAAAACCGAGCUUGCCAAGGCUCUAGCUGGAUACCUAUUCAACACUGAAAACGCAAUAGUGAGGUGGACAUUAACUGAAGCGGUUCGCAGGAGACCUUACUCAGUGGUUCUGUUUGAUGAGAUCGAGAAAGCACACCGUGAUGUCUUUAAUAUCUUGUUACAGCUACUAGACGAUGGAAGAGUGACUGAUUCUCAAGGGAGGACAGCAAGUUUCAGAAACUGCUUUGUGAUAAUGACUUCUAAUAUAGGAUCUCACUACAUACUUGAGACUCUUCGCAACAAUGGAGAUGGCAAAGAAGCGGUUUACGAGAUGAUGAAGAGGCAGUUGUGGAGUUAG